AUGGCUUGUCCACAUAUUGGAACAGCCUACCUGUCUAAGCCGACAGUAGCUGAUUCGGUGUACCGCGAGGAUUGCACCCAGUGUUUCGACUCCAUUGAUGACGCCGCCGGCCUCGAUGUCUGCCUCAAGUGCUUCAACGGCGGCUGUGCCGGCGACCGGCACCACGCAAAGUUGCACAGCGAUGCCAGAAAACAUCCCCUAGUCCUCAACAUCCGUCGCACCCGGAAACAAAUUGUCCGCGACGAGCCACCAGCAAAGAUGUCGAAGCUCGCCAUCGCCGCCGAGACCGAAGCCGACCGUUACGAUACAGCGCUGACCGUCAAGUGCCUCGAAUGCGGAAUCGAUGACAUAGACAAGAGCGAGCCCACGAUUGCCGCAACUGUCGAAGCGAUCAUGAAAGCAAACACAUUUUCCCGGAAAGAGGAGGUCAAGGCAUGGGAACAAGAGCUUACAAGCUGUGAACACAUCUUGAUGCUCCAGCAGGAUCCGCCGCGGCAGAUCGAGUCGCAAGAUCUGGGCCACUGCUCCAACUGCGACUUGAAGGAGAACCUGUGGCUCUGCUUGCAGUGCGGCAACCUCGGUUGCGGACGGGCGCAAUUUGGCGGCGUGGGCGGCAACUCCCAUGCCCUUGCGCAUUCCCAAGAAUCUGCCCAUGGUGUUGCGGUCAAGCUGGGGUCAAUCACGCCCGAAGGGACCGCGGAUGUGUACUGUUACACCUGCGACGAUGAAAGGGUCGAUGAGAAUCUCGGAGCGCACCUGGCAAACUGGGGUAUUAUUCUCGCGGAGCGACAGAAAACGGAAAAGAGCUUGACGGAGAUGCAGAUUGAGCAGAACCUGCGGUGGGAGUUUUCCAUGACGACGGACGACGGGAAAGAGCUCACGCCACUAUUUGGUCCGGGCCUCACGGGACUGAAGAACCUCGGGAACAGCUGCUAUCUGGCCAGUAUUCUACAAUGUCUCUUCGAUAUGCCGUCCUUCCAGCAACGCUAUGGGAGCGGGGUUGAGUCCCCCCCUGACACAUCGGACCCGGCUCAGGACCUGGAGACCCAGCUGCGCAAGAUCGGGGACGGUUUGUUGUCCGGCAGGUACUCCAAGCCAGAUUCGGACGUGACUGUUUCGGAACUCACUCCUGAAGUUCCUCAUCAGAAGGGCCUUCAGCCCUCCAUGUUCAAGCACCUUAUGGGCCGCGGCCACGAGGAGUUCUCGACUAUGCGCCAACAAGAUGCGUUUGAGCUCCUGCAGCAUCUCGUAAAGCUCAUCACCAGGUCUCAGCACCCUGCCGGACUCGGCGACCCAACCCAGGCCAUGCGUUUUGUGAUGGAACAGCGAUUGCAAUGCCUGGGGUGUAAAAAGGUGCGCUACAGUACCACAGAGCAGGACAGCAUAUUUAUCGACGUGCCGCUCGAGAAACUGCCUGCCGAGAACGGCCAGGAGGCCAAGUACAAGCCCGUCGACCUAAAAGAAUGCCUCGACAACCUAACCGCGUCCGAGAUCGUGGAGCUGACCUGCUCGUCAUGCGGCAGCAAAGACGGCUUCACCAAACGGCAGCUCUUCAAGACGUUCCCUGAGGUAUUGGUCGUGAACGCGCGCAAGAUGGCUGUUGUGAACUGGGUGCCUGUCAAGGUCGACGUUCCGGUCCUCGUCGGGGAUGAACCGUUCGCUCUGGAUUCGUAUCUCUCCAAGGGCCAGCUACCCGACGAGGAGGCGCUGCCGGAGGAGGCGGCGGCGAGCAACAUGCCGACGUUCGUGCCGAACCCGGAAGCAUUUGCCAUGCUGGAAGCAAUGGGCUUCCCCAAGGUCCGUUGCGAGAAGGCGCUACAUGCCACCGGGAACAGCGAUGCGAACGCGGCCAUGGAAUGGCUGUUCACGCACAUGGACGAUCCGGAUAUUGACGCACCUCUCGACCUGGGCGGUGGCAGCGGCGCCUUCACGGCUGACCCAGAGCACCUUGCAAUGCUAGAGUCAAUGGGUCUGGGUGGGCCACGGGCAACUAAGGCACUCAAGGAGACAAACGGCGACGUUGAGCGGGCGAUUGAGUGGUUGUUCAGCCACCCCGACGACCAGGGCGAGGCUGACGUAGCUGCCAAGGCCGCCGACACCGGCGGGGGCGCGAACAAGGGUGGCCCGGAAGCAGGGAGCAGCGUGCUGCCGGCCAACUUCCAGCUGCAGUCGAUUGCAUGUCACAAGGGCACUAGCAUCCAUACUGGGCACUACGUUGCGUUCAUCCGCAAGAAGCUGGGCGAUGAGACGUCGUGGGUCCUAUUUAACGACGAGAAGGUGGUUAAGGUGGUAGACGUGGAGGAGAUGAAGAAGUUUGCAUAUGUGUACUUCUUCCGGCGGGUUUAG